UUGACAUUGACUGCUGCGCUGGAGGAAUAAUAGUUGUCUUUUGUAUCCCGCUUCUCGCCCAAAAGUCAUCUGGGGAAAUGCUGGAUGAAUAAACGGGUUGGCACUUUUGGGUCGGUAAAAUACAUUUCCAGAUGCUUUACUGCAACUGACCGACAGAAGGCAGCAGAGAGCAUUCAUGUGCCAAGAGUGCAGAAGAAGAGCGCAACCCGGAUGCAUCAGAGGCACGCCCCACUCGGACUUCCCAAGUUCCUCGAACCGAAGCAACCUUCUGCACUUCCUAACUAUGUCCUCCAGGAAGAGAUUUGUGGACGGCGACGCUAUCGCCGCCGGCGGUGGGGCCGGAGGCAAAUUGAGCAAAUCUGGAAGAGGGAAGCGGCACAUUGCUGCACUCGUCCUGGCGAGGGGCGGAAGCAAGGGUAUCCCCCUGAAGAACAUCAAGAUGCUGGCCGGGGUGCCGCUCAUUGGCUGGGUCCUCAGAGCCGCGGUGGACUCUGAGCUCUUCGACAGUGUGUGGGUGUCGACCGACCACGACAAGAUCGAGGAGGUUGCCUUGGCUUGGGGCGCCCAGGUGCACCGACGAAGUCCCGAAGUCUCCCGAGACUCUUCGUCUUCGCUGGAGACCAUGCAGGAGUUUGUCCGACUCAAUCCACAGGUGGACGUCGUGUGCCACUUCCAGGCCACGUCGCCGUGUCUCCACCCGUUCCACAUCAAGGAAGCCUUGGAGUUCAUCACCCAGCACGGCUACGACUCAGUCUUCUCUGUGGUCCGGAGGCACCAGUUCCGCUGGCAGGAGGUCAAGAAAGGAUGUCCAGAAACAACCAAGCCCUUCAACCUGGACCCGUCCAACCGUGUUCGGCGUCAGGACUGGGAUGGCGAGCUGUGUGAGAACGGCUCCUUUUACUUUAACACCAAAGAGCUCAUCGAGCAGGGGAACCCGCAGAGUGGGAAGGUGUCCUACUACGAGAUGCUUCCCGAGUACAGCGUAGACAUUGACGUCGAUAUCGACUGGCCUGUCGCAGAGCAGAGAGUCCUCAGAUACGGCUACUUCGGCCGAGGGACUCCGGAAGUUGUUCAAUUGAUGUUCUGUAAAGUAUCCGGAUGUUUAACGGACGGGAAGAUCUACCUGUCGGCGGCCGGGGACGAGAUGAUGUCCAUCAACAGCCGAGACACCUCCGCCAUUCGCAUGUUGCAGGAAGAGGACGUGGAGGUGGUGCUGUUGACGACCACCGAGGACCCGGUGGAGCAGACGCUGGCCGAUAAAUUGGCCAAGCGGACGGGCUGCCGGGUGAUGCGGGUGGGAGCCAAGCCCGUCAACGAUUUGGCGUCCGAGUUGCAGUGCAGCAAGUUGGUUUGGAAGGAUGUGGCAUACAUGGGUAACGACGCGCCAGACGUGGACUGCCUCAACCUGGCCGGCUUGAGCGCCGUGCCCGCCGACGCGCCCGUUCUGGCCAUCAACGCGUGCAAGUACACGUGCCACCGCGCGAGCGGCGACGGCGUCGUCCGGGAGUUUGCCGAGCACAUUUUGAUGCAGAAGGCGAAAGCCAAGUCUCAACUGAAGCAAGACCGCAUCAACUGACGUCAGGCGCUGAAACUUGACCUUUUUGAUUCGAAUCGGGGACUGAAUCGACGCUCGCUAGUGGCGCUGCAUUACAAUCAAGAUUACUCCACUUUAUGAUUUGAGGUGCGACCAAUUGAAGCCAAUCAUGAAGGAAAUAGGCAUGCUAAUGCUAAUUAGCUAAUUCACUAUAUUAAAGUCGCUUACUUCAAGGAAAAUGUUCAAAAUCUAAAAUUGUUUGCAAUAGGACAUAAUAAAAUCAUUUGAUCUAAAACAA